AUUUACUUCAUUCUAGUGAAGAAGAGAGCACUGAGCCAGAUGAGCCAUUUGAUGAAACCUCUGAAGAGGAAGAUUUUACAGAGGCUGCCACAAACUUUGCAACAGAGAAUGAAGAUUCAGAGGAGGAAGGCCCUGCCCCUGAGAGAGAAGGCCCUGAAACCUACCUCUCAAAGAACGGAGAAAUUCUGUGGAGUUCAAUUCCUCCUAUGCAGACACAAGGGAGAGCGCAGGCAGAGGAGGUCCGCAGACAUACACCUGGACCCACAAGGUAUGCCUGUGUCAGAGCUGAAGAUAUAAGUUCAACUUUUGAGCUCUUUUUUCCGAGCUCCAUUCAAAAAAUGCUUGUUGAAAUGACGAAUCUAGAGGGGCAGCGAGUGUUUGCUGAAGAAUGGUGUAAUAUUGAUUGGACUGAAAUGCAAGCAUUCAUCGGCCUACUGAUUCUUGCUGGGGUUUUAAAAUCUCAUCAUGAAGCUGCAUGUAGUUUAUGGCAUAGUGAGAUGGGGAGGGCAAUUUUUCGAACCACCAUGCCACUGAAAAAUUUCAAGCGGCUAUCAAGGGUUUUACGCUUUGAUGACAAAAAGACAAGAGCUGCAAGGAGGGCAAAUGAUAAGCUGGCACCUAUCCGAGAGAUCUGGGAACAAUGGGUAGAAAGACUACCGUUCAUGUAUCGUCCGGAUCUCAACAUCACUGUUGAUGAGUGCCUGGUCGGUUUCAGUGGCCGGUGCCCUUUCAAACAAUAUAUGCCAUCAAAACCUGCCAAAUAUGGAAUUAAAAUCUGGGCAGCCUGUGAUGCAAAGACCAGCUACUGUUUCAACAUGCAGGUGUACACUGGAAAACCUGCGGGGGCACAGCACGAGAAAAACCUGGGCAAGAGAAUAGUCCUCGAAACGAUGAAUGACCUUCAAGGGCAUAUUGUCACGUGUGACAAUUUUUUUACGUCUUAUGCUCUUGGCACAGAGCUCCUGCAGAAAAGAAUAAGGAUGGUAGGAACGGUUCGAAAGAACAAGCCAGAGCUGCCAAGUGCACUGACGAACCCACAAGGCUGGGAAAAAUUUUCAUCUCUGUUUGCCUACACAGAGACACACACCAUCGUGUCCUACUGUCCGAAAAUUUUUUUUAAAUGUCCUUCUCAUGAGCACUGUUCACAAAGAUCAGGAAGUGAGUGAACGAGAAGACAGGAAACCAGAGAUGAUAUUAUAUUACAACAGGACCAAAAGUGGAGUGGACA